AUGGCUGACUUUGUACCAGCGGUAGACGAGGUCGACUUGCCACUGCCGCCAAGUCUGCCAGGGGUGGCCAAGGGCGGAGCCGCUGAAAAUGGCAGCACGUCCUUGAGCCCAUCCCCUCACAGAGACAGCCUUUCUUCCGGCCGCGCCUCGCCGUCCGCCCUGGCUUACGAGCGCCUGGAUGUGGAGGAGGAUUCCCGGUUACGGGCGUUCAAGCAGGGCGAGUCACUGGGCAAGGGCGCCUAUGGAGAAGUGUUCAAAGCUAUGGUCGCGGGCAAGUUCAUGGCGGUCAAGAAGAUUUCCUUGGACGUCUCCCUCGGACAGCACGCGGUAGAGAAGGAGAUCAACGGCCUCUUACAGGAGAUCAACACACUCAAGCGCCUUAAGCACAAGAGGAUUGUGCGCUACCAGGGCUGCAUCAGACAAGACAGUGAGGACGAUCCUGCCCUUCUCAUCUUCCUGGAGUACAUGCCGAGCGGAUCCAUCAAGGGAGUGCUCCAGAAGUUCGGUCCCUAUGGCAUCCGACUCGUGAAGAAGUACACAAGGCAGAUCUUGGAAGGCCUGGACUUUCUCCAUACGGAGAAGAUCGUCCAUCGGGAUGUGAAGGGUGCGAAUAUUCUCAUCGACGCACAUGGAGAUGCCAAGUUGGCCGACUUCGGUGCCUCGCAGAACCUCGAGGCAUUGCACACCCUCCACGGCACUUGCACCACCGGGGGCGUCAAAUCCAUCCACGGAAGUGUUUUCUGGAUGGCGCCCGAGGUGAUGAAAUACCGCGCUGGCAGAAGAUCGGACAUUUGGAGCCUAGGCUGCACCGUGAUCGAGAUGAUCACAGCAGAUGCACCAUGGCCGAACCUUCGGGAGCACAAGUUGCCAGUUACGGAGAUGCUGCGUCACAUCGUGGACAGCGAUGAGAUCCCGCCACUUCCGGACAAGAUCCAUCCGGACUGCCGUAGCUUCCUGGAGCGCACCUUGAACCGGGACCACACAAGGCGACCCUACGCCGACAAGCUGCUGGGCCACCGCUUCGUCGUGGAGGUAACCACUCCAGCAGCCAGCCCGGGUGGUUCCGCAGCUGCAGCCUCGCCGGUCUCCGUGGCCUCGACGGUUGAGCCGGUGGCGAGCCCCUGA